AGUAUAUUUUGCAUGAAAAAAUCAUCUUGAGAAUUUUCUAAUUAGUUUUUCUAACUUAAAAUAUUUCCCUCUCUCUCUCUCUGCGGUAAAUCUUUGACCGCCAUGUUUUCUGUGUAAUGCGGCAAAAACUACAAACAAUUUUGACAGUGUGUUCUGCUUGAAGACAAUAAAAAAAUGUUAAGGCAAAAGACUUACACAGAUAGAACCCUAGGACCGGGUUCUAUUGAGGAUGUGUAUGUUACCUUUGUCAAAGAUCCUCACAACUUCUUUGUACAGCUGGAAAGCAGUGCAGACACUCUAGAAAAGGUUUCUAAUCAACUCCAGGAAUACUACAAAAGCAAUGUUGGAGGUGUCUUGACGUCAUGGGAUUUACAAGCACCCUGUGCUGCUCUAUACUCAGAUAAUAGCUGGUAUCGUGGCCAAAUUACAGGUCAUCCAGUGGAAAAUGUGUUGGAAGUUCAGUUUGUGGAUUUUGGAAAUACAGAUUUUGUGUCUGUAGAGAAUGUACGCUGCUUGCCUCCUAAUCUCCUCUCAGAACCCAAGCUUAGCUUUCACUGUGGACUGCAGGGUAUGGCACCAUUGCAGAACUUCUGGUCUCCUGAACACACUGCACAGUUUGAGGACCUUGUUCUUGACAAAUCGGUCACAGCUGUCUUUAAAAGUUACAAUGCUAGUACCAACACAUACAUGGUGCAGCUGAUGGGAGAAAAUGAUGAGAACCUGAACCACCAGUUUUGCCUACAGGCAGGGCUAGAAAUGGCCUGCUCAGAGACCGGGGUUGGGAACAGACUUGGUAGUUCUCGCAGUGUGCAGGCAAGCGGUGACAAGGAUCUUCAGGUGACCAUCCGUGCUGGUAGCUUACCCAAACCAACACGUGGCAUUGCUAAGUCACUAGGUGUUGAAGCAGAUGGACAUGUAGCAACCUCACCAAGACCUCUUCAGCAUGUUAGAUUGAAUGUUGGAGAAAAAGUGGAGUUGACAGUUGUGUUUGUUAAAAGCCCUGUGGAAUUUUGGUGCCAGGCCAGCAAGUUUAGUCAGCAAAAUGCACGAAUGUCAGAAGAGCUGAAUUCUGAGUACAGCACAUUGGGAAUGAGAGAUCUUGCUAUUCGUGUACUCCAGCAAGGUUAUGUAUGUGCUGCACUGUCAUCUGCUGAUGAGACUUGGUACAGAGCCAUCAUAGAGAAGGUGUCUGGCCAAGAUGUCUCUGUAUUUUUCCUAGACUAUGGUAACACAGAGAUUGUCUCUGUAGCUAAUGUGAAAGAACUGAAGGAAACGUUUCGGGGUCUUCCAGCACAAGCUGUGAAAUGCUCACUUCAAGGCAUUGUUCCUACUAGUGGUACGUGGAGCAAUGAUGCUGCAAAUGUCUUUGAGGAGCUUGUGAUGGACCAAACAUUCAUGGCCAACAUACUUAAUCGAGAUACUCAGGAAAGUUACAUGGUCCAGCUGUUUGACAUGAUUGGAAAGAAGGAUGUUGUGUCGACUUUUCUGAGAAUGUCUUCUGAUGUGCGUGCUAUAACAUCAGGCAUCAACAUAAGUACUGGAAUUAUCACGAAAGGAACCAGUUCUCCAAAAUUACCUGUCCUCUCCGUUCCAACUACUUCUUCAGUAUCAGUGUUUCUUAGCUGGGUGAGAUCACCAGAAGAAUUCUACAUUCAGUUUGCUGAUAACCAAUCAGUUCUGGAGAGACUGACUGAUGGUCUACAGGAAUUCUAUACAAGUCCUAAAGCUGUUCCUGCUUCUUUGCUACAUUUAGGUUCUUUAGUUGCUGCAAAGUUUUCAGAAGAUGGGGCCUGGUACCGUGGAAGUAUUUUGGAUCUUGGUCAAGAUGCAACAGUGGAAUUUGUAGACUUUGGAAAUUCUGAAAAAGUGUCACUGGCAGAUUUACGACAGUUAGAUUCCCAAUUUUCACACAUACCGGCACAGGCUAUCUGUUGUUGCUUAGAUGGUGUACGUCCUCUGCAAGGACAGGCAUGGAAUGUUGAUGCAAAAGAUUUCUUGGAAAGGCUAACAGAGAAUGGAGCAACAUGUAAAAUUCUUGGUCGCAAGGAAGCUAAAUACUUGGUGAAACUUGAAGCUCACGGCAAAGACAUUGGUGAAGAAAUGGCAGCUCUUGCUGUGGUGCGCCGCACGCCAGAGCCAGCACCAGCUGGUCACACCAAGCAAUUCACACAUGUGAAUUUGGUGCAAGGACAAUUUACCAAGGUGUAUGUGUCGCACUCAGAGUCUGUGGAGAACUUUUAUGUCCAGUUGUCUGCAAACAUGGAUAACCUUGACAGUUUGAUGUCAGACCUGAAUGGUCAAAGCUCCAGUAUUCAGUCCAGACCUCUCACCUCUCCUCUGGUAGGUAUGCCAUGUGUUGCCCAGUUUGCUGAGGAUGGGCAGUGGUACAGAGCUCGAGUGCAGUCAUUCACAGCACAUGAUGUGGAUGUGUUGUUUGUGGAUUAUGGCAAUAUCCAGACAUCUCCUCGUAAUACAGUGUUCAGGUUAGAUCCUGCAUUCUUGACUCUGCCUGCCCAAGCCAUUCAUUGCUCUCUGGAUAUCCAUGUUGGCCGAAAUGCAGAUAGUCUCUUGGAAAAAUUUGUAAAGAUCACUGGUGAGGAAGAACUGGACAUGAGGGUGAAACAAAAGGAAGGUUUCAGGCUUAUUGUUGAUUUGUUCAAGAAUAACCAGUCAGUUACAGAUGAACUGAAAGCAACAUUAGGGAAAAUCACUGACAAACCUUUGAUGUCCAGAGAGGGAACAGGAUAUGCCUGCAUGAAUAUUGCAGCUGGACAAACCAUUCAAGCGUAUAUCAGUUUUGUUGAGUCCAUUUCUCGAUUCUGGGUGCAGGUUGUUGGCACAGAUAAGCAGCUAGACUCUAUGAAAGAAACUUUAGGUCAGCGCUAUGGUUCUGGUUCUGAGCCAGCUUUGGCAGCCUUGUCACCAGGACAGCCUUGUUGCGCCCUCUAUGACGAAGAUGGUCUGUGGUAUCGUGCUGUGGUUGUUUCUGUGCAUGGACCGAAAGUGAAAGUGCAUUUUGUUGACUAUGGGAACUCUGAACUUGUGAAAAGGGAGAAUGUAAAGCCAAUCUCUGCAGACCUUAUUGCUCAACCUACUUUAGCACUAGAAUGUUGUCUGGAUGGAUUUGAGCCCAGCUCUUCUGAUGCUGUACCUGUAGCAACUUUUGAGAACAUGGUCACAGAAAAAGAACUUACACUAACUUUCACUGGUGGAAAGAAUGUUAAAGUUAGGGUUGGGAAUGUUGAUGUUGGCGAGUCCCUUUACAAGCAAAGGCUGUUUAAAGAGGCAUCUGUCAUGCUAGUCUUGAAAGAACCUUCUCCACCUGCAGGAUCAUCUGAUGCAAUCAUUACACAUAUAGAGGAGGAAACUGGCAUUUUCUACAUCCAACUUCUUAGUGCAUCUUCUCAGUUAGAGCAUCUGUCUGCCACUGUGCAGUCUAUGUGUGUUGGUGGCGGCAUACCUUUGAAGGGAGCCAUAUCCAAAGGCACCAUUUGCUGUGCUUGUUUCUCAGCUGAUGGCUGGUGGUACAGGUCCCGUGUGCUGUCGAUCAGUGGUGGCAAGGCUUUGGUGCAGUUUGUAGACUAUGGAAAUUCAGAAUAUUCACCGACAAACCAGUUGAAAUGCCUACACCCUGAUCUGCUGGCAGCUCCUAUUCAAGCUUUUCCUUGUCGCUUAAUGGGUCUUGAUCAAUGGAACCCACAGAUUGCCAGCAUGUUUUCCAAGACAGCCCUCGAUGUGGAUGUCAAGGUUAGAUUUGUUGGGUCUUCAUCUCCAUUUGACGUACAGGUUUCAGUAAAUGGCCAUGAUCUUCUCUGUAUGCUUUCAAAGGCAUCUUCACCAUCGCCACAGAAGACAUUUGGCUCAUUGCAGAAGCAGACAGGCAGAUCACCACGAGAAAAGUCCUCGGGCUGGUCACCUAAGGAAAGGCAGUCAGGUGGAUCACCACGAGAAAAGUUCUCAGGUGGGUCACCCAAAGAAAAGCAGUCAGGUGGAUAUUCAAGGGAGAAACGUUCUAGUGGAUCACCACGGGAGAAGUUUAUUGGAAGUACCUCUUCUCAGAGGUUGUUUGGAGGUCCUUUAGCAUCAGAUGUAUCAGUAACUCACAAGCUUGCAUCAGAUUCAUCACAAACUUCAAGCCCACCACAGUUGUAUGCCUUACAGUCUUCACUACAAGGAGCUCACCCAGCUUUUAUCAGUUUUGUGGCAGAGGAUGGCACAUUUUACCUACAGCUUUCUAAGGAUGUCUCCACAAUAGAGGAGAUGGGAGAAAAACUGGCUGCUUUUGGGAAAGCUGGCCGUGUCACUUCUUCUCCUGGGACUGCCUGUGCUGCUGUAUUUAAGGAGGAUGGUGCUUGGUAUAGAGCAGUUAUCAAACAAGUAAUGGGGGGAAAUGCAGAUGUUCAGUUUGUAGACUUUGGAAAUGGAGAGAUGUGUGAUAUCAAAAGCCUGAAACCUUUGCCCACGGAGAUGCUUGGUCCAGCCUUGGCCUUUCACUGCCAGUUGUUAGAGUUAGGACCCCUGACUAAAGAGCAGCUGAAGGUGCUGAAGGCAUCAGCUAUGGACAAGGAGCUUCAAGUGAUUUUUUCAAAUGCCACAGAUCCCCCUUAUGAAGUAAGCAUUUAUGACAAUGGUCAGAAUAUUGCCAUCACACUUUUCAAAUCUACUCAGCUGCGAGCCCAGAAAGUUCCGAAUGGUACAGUUUCUGCCACAGUGGUGCACAUGGAGGCUGAUGGGAGAUUUUUUAUUCAUCUUACUCAAGAACGGGGAGCUCUGCAGGCACUAUCAGCGGACCUGCAGGCUGCAUGCCAGAGAGACAUCAGUGACCUAGAAAGUGUAGAUGUUGGCCAUGUAUGUUGUGUUAAGUUUGCUACAGAUGACAUGUGGUACAGAGCCCAGAUUGUUGGUGAAGACAGCUCUGUUAUGGAGGUACUUCUUGUGGACUUAGGCACUAGAAGACAGACAGAGAAGACAAAUAUUGUUAAGCUUCCCUCUGACUUCAUGACCAAGUCAGCAUUUGCUUAUGAGUGCAGACUGCAUGGUGUUGAUAAGUGGACAGAAGAACAGAAAGAAAAGUUCCGAACCAUGACAGAAAAGAAAACUGUGGGUGUCUCAUUUCUUUCAUCCAAGCCACCAUAUGAUGUUGAAAUGACUCGCAGCAUAGGCCUUGAACUUCUAGAGGGUGAGACUUCCAGUUUAAAUACACAAGUAGUAAUUGAGAAGCCAGAAUGCAAAAACUUAUCAAAAGAAAGAGUUCCACUGACUGCUAGUGAUCAAAAGCUUUCACCUUUUCCUCUAUUACCAUCACAAUUCCCACCAGAAACAGAUACUUGUGUUGUGUCUCAUGUUGAUAGAGAUGGCUGCUUCUAUGUUCAGUUGAGUGUGGAUGAUGAAGCCAGAGACUCCAUGACUGAGAAACUACAGGAAGAAUGUGAAUCAUCUUGCAGUGAAGUCAUCACCUCACUCACUGUCGGCUCUUUAUGCUCUGCUGAAUUCUCUGAAGAUGGUGCUUGGUAUCGUGCAGUUGUUGAGGACAUCAAUGAAGACAGUGUGGUGGUUCGGUUCAUAGACUAUGGCAAUAAAGAUGUUGUUGCUAAAAAUGAUCUGAGAAGUCUCACACCAUACAGUUCUAAUGUUCCCCCACUUUCGUAUAGCUGUAGACUAGAAUUAGAUGGCUGUGCUGCUGCAAAAGAGGAGAUAAGUGCAAAAUUGGAGGAGAUUGUUCUAGAGCAUACAUUCCAUGUUAGGUUUCUUGAGCCAAGCCAGCAUCAUCCAUAUACAGUGAGACUGACUCUGGAAGAUGGGUCUAGUGUUACAGAUAUAGUUGCUAGUCAAGUGGCAGUAAACAAGGGCGCAUCUGAUAUUAACAUUGUACAUGCAGAUGAAACAAAAGACACAACUGACAUUCACUUCACACCCGUGGAUGAAACAAAAGACACAUCUGAUGUUGUCAUUAUGCCUGCAGAUGAAACAGAAGCACUCUCUUGCAACAGGAAUCCUGAUGAAAGUUGUGAUAGUGAAACGAUUACAUUAUUUCCUGGUCAGCAGGUUGCAGUAAUUGUUAGUCAUGUAGUCUCCCCUUCACUGUUUUAUAUUCAGCGCAAGGAUUCUCAAGGCUGCUUAAACUCUCUAAUGGACUCAAUGUUUGAACACUACUCCAAACUUGAAGAAUGCCACAUUAAGAAGGAUGAGCUGGUUAACCAGCUAUGUGCAGCCCAGUUUGGUGAUGAAACCUGGUACAGAGCCAAGGUUACUACCUUGUGUGUAGACACUGAUGCAUGUGAUUUGUUCUUCAUUGACUUUGGGAACACUGCCACAGUACCUUGUUCAUCUGUGUACACACUUUCUACAGAGUUUGAGUCUGUGCCCAGUCAGAGCACUGCUUGCAGGCUGGCUGGAGUGACGAAUAUGGACAAUGGCUGGAGCCAGGGUGUGGUGGCAGCUUUUGAGGAACUUGUGACUGAUAAGGUGCUGAUUGCUAAUAUCAUUGAAGGAGAUGGCACAGACAAACCCUACCUUGUCGACCUUUACAGCUCAGGUGUGUCUGUUGCUCUGUCUUUGCUGGAGCAGGGUCUGCCUGGUGUUUUUGCAGAGGAACCAGUUGAAGAAGAAUCUUUUGUUUCCAGAUCACUUCCAUGUAUGGAAAAUGCUGAAGUACCUGUUUCAGAUACAGAAGAAAACACCGAUGAUAUUGCCAAUAUUGAAGAUGACCAAAACACUAAAACAAGUGCUGUUUUGGAAUCCACUCGGGUGGGAACAUGUAGGGAUGUCAGAUAUCUAGAUGAAAACUACUCAUUAACAAAUGAUGGGGACAGUAAAUCCAAAGAUAAUCAUUUUGACACUUUUGAGACUAGAAAGGGAUUUGAACAAAUUGACAGCUGUGAUGAGAACAUAGUAGACUUCUCUAGACAGCCAGAGGGAGAAGAGCCUCAUCUAGAGAGCACCAUGCUGGAAGAAGAGAGUAGAACAGUAAUGGAUGCAGGACACAAAGACACAACAGAAGAUGCAGCAGAUUCUACUCCUGAUUAUAGACAGUCUGAGUGUGCUGUUGUGACUGAUGGGACAGCUACAUACCAGUCAGAACUGAAUUCCUAUGCCUUUGCCAUUGAAGAGAUAGAUUCAACUUUAAGAAUAGGCUUGAGUGAAAACUCUGCAGAUGGUCUAGAAAUUUCACAACCUAUUCUUCAGUCAACAGUCCUGGGAGACACAUUUUCACAAUCAUGUGAUGCCCAUGAGAAAUUUGAAAUGGUGCCUGAAUUUAGAUGUGAGACAUUUGAAGUGGGCAAAGAAUAUCAAGUGAAUGUGAAUUUUGAAGGUCAGCCUGAUGCCUUCUAUGUAACAAGGGUGGACUCCAAAGAUUUACUUCAGACUUUGGCUGACAGAAUUGCCUUAGAAAUUGCAGACACUGAUACAGACGCACAAACCAAGAUCUUUACAGUGGAUAGCCCUUGCUUAGUGCAAGAUUCAGGCUUAUGGCUGCGAGGCCAAGUACAAAUUGUUGCUGAUAAUAUGUACAAGAUUCUUUGCGUGGAUACAGGGAACAUGCUUCAUGUGAACAGAGAUCAGAUUUGGGACUUACCUGCUCACUUUCUUGACAUUCCCACUUUGUUUGUACCUUGUGCACUGGCAGAUGUUGCUCCAGUGGAUGGCAGUUGGUGUGACAACGCAUUGGCAUUCUUUUCAGAUUUUGUCAAAAAGGGUACUUUGCAUGCCUUCGUGGCUUCCUUCUCUGAGAGGACUGGAGUCUACAAAGUUAUGCUCAGACAUAGUCUGUUGAAGGAUGAGACCAGUUCCUCUUUCACUAGCUUCAGCACUGAACCAUCAUUGAACAGUGCCCUCGUAGAGCUAGGCUAUGCUGAGGCUGUUCCAGGCUCUGCGCUAGAUGUGGAGAUACAGUUGGAGAAGACUAUAGAUGAUCCUGAGCAAAUGAGUCAGUUUGAAGCAUCAUUUAGUGAAGUUGCUUGUCACCGAGAGAACUCUCUUGGUCAAGAAGAUGUGGAUAAGGAUGAAGAGACAGCUGGUGGACAGGAAGAGAAGAAGGUUGUUGCUGUGGAAGGAGAAAGCAGAACUUUUGAAGAUGAUGGCAGACUGGAUGACAGCGAAGGAGAAGAAAGCACAGGUGUGAUGGAGGAAAAAGGAGAGGGAGACACCUAUGACACUGAUGCAGAUGCCACAAACAGAAGGGAAGCAAACCUCUUUGAUAUGGAAGAGAGCAAAGGAUAUGCUGCUUUUGAGGCUGAGAGAGAUGUAGGGGAGGAAGUGCUGGUAGAGAGUGUUGGUGCAGAAGAACUGGAAACAGCUGACAGCAAGAAUGAGACUAGUGUUGCUGCUGAUGAGGAAGAGGAGACAGAGAUUGGUAAAAAGCUGAAGGCGUCAACUGCAGUUUCUAUUAACAUUACAUUCAGUACCCCAGAAUAUAUUGAAGAACAAAUGAACAGUGGGCUGAAAGCUUCCAACUUAUCUGUAGGCCUUCCAGAAUAUUUUAAAGAGCAAAUAAAUGAUAGUCAAACAGCCUGCAAUGACAACAGAUUUGAAAACUGUGGGAUACUUCCUGCCUCUCAAGCAGAUCUUCCCGAUGGCCAAGGACACAAAGUAUCUCAAGAGGAUAGCAAACAAAAGGAUCCUUGCUCUAUGCUGUCUGGCAUCUCAGUGGGAGAAACUAUGGAGACUGUGACUGUUGGUUUAAAAGACACACUGCAGUAUGCACAAGUCAGUGCUGUUUCUAAUGAAGAAGUUGCUGAUCUUGAAGGUGUUAAGACUUCGUGUUACUGGGCUAGUCCUGUUGAAUGUGUGAAUGUUGAUAAGUCUCUUGUGGAUGGUUGCCUUGAGGGUGGUGUCGUGUAUAGAGAUGUUGAUUCAGUGCUUAUAGGUGAUGAAAAGGGUGCAAAUUACACAACCCAUAUGGAGAGCACUACUACUACACCAUCUUUCAUUUCAAGAACUGAAGUAGAAGAGUUUAAAGUAGACAAACUCAUUGAGGACUACAGAGUGCGUGGAGGGUCUGAUUUACUUGGGGAGCAUGUGUUUUCUAGCUGGGGACAUAACAUAAAGAAGCAGCCAGGAUUGCCUUCUGAGCAUGGGUGUGCUGAUCAUGAAACAGAUGGACUGUUAGAGGUUGCGAGUAAUGAGAAGGAUAAGACAUUGGAGGAGGCUGUAUUCCACAUGCCUGUGCUUGCUGAUGAUAAAAUUCAUCUGGUAAAAGAGCACCAAGACCAAAGUCAGGACAAGAUUGAUCUGAAUGGCCGAGGAAUUCUUACACCAGGGAUUGAAGCUGACAGCAAAACUGAAGAAUUUGGUGAAGAAUUUUCAGCUACAAUCACUAGGUGUGCAGUCAUGGAGAAAGUGUCAUCAUAUUGCUUUGAUACUACUAUGAAGAGUGUUACUGAAGCAAACAUCCUAUCCAAGCCCAAAUGCCAUCACUAUGGUAAGUCUCAUGAUCACUUUAAAAUGGAACAGAAUUAUGAUUGGCCUGUUGAUUGUCUUAUGGAAACAAAACAAAAUUGUGAUCAGUAUAUAAAAGCAGACCAGAGUCACAAUCAAUCUGGUGAUUAUGCCAUUGAAAGGGAACAGAAUUAUGUGCACCUGCAGAGAUCUGUCCAUGAUAAAACAAGACUAGAAUUGUGUGGUAAAGAGACCUGCCACUGUUAUUCCUUAGCACUUGGUGUAAAGAGUCCUUUUGACUGGAAAAUUGGGCCAAAAGGUGACUGCAGAAAGUUCAAAGGUUUACCAGGUCAGCAAGACCUUAAUAAAGACUAUGGCCAAGAAACUAUUAUACAAGGCUAUCAAAAUAUUGUGCAUGAAAACAACUUGGAAACUGCUGCAAAGUGUCACGAACAGAAACUCAUUGUAGGUAACUGUGUUUGGGAAAUAGAUGAGAAAUCUGUGAAGGAAGUCCAAGAGGAUUUUAAAUUUGUGCAAUAUCAAGGUUGUGCUUCAGGUGAAGACACAAAUGCUGCAGAGAAUAGGAAUAACAAGAUACUUGCUUGUGGAGAUAGUGAAGGCACUGUUUCAGUUGCCAGAAAAAUCCAGUCUUUUCUAAAUGAGGAAAAAGAGCAGAAAAUAACUAAACUUGGGAAGAAACACAGUUUAAAGGAGUAUGAUAAAAUAAUUGAUGCUGAAUCAGUGCAUAAACAGGAGGCUCGUGCAGGCAUCUUCAGUGGGAGGACUAACACUGCUGCGGACUAUUCCAGACAAGCCAGUCACAGAGCAGUUGCUUAUGAUGAUCAGACAGCUGCAUUAAGUCAUCAGCAGGCAUCCAUUUGGCGCGUGGAAUGGGAGCUAACACAGCAACAUGAUACUGACAAAUCUUUGCAGAACAAGGAGAGUCAACCACAAAGCUUACCUGUUCAGGAACCUGAUUUGGGAGUCAAUGACCCUGAUGAUGGUUUUAUGUUUAAUAUCCAGGAUAAUUUACCUGAUGGUCUACACCAGAAUCAUCUUGCAACGGUGGAAACCCAGAUAUAUGGCACAGAGGUUGCAGGCCAGGAUCUUUUCAUAACAGGGGAUGGUCAGAUUGCUACAUCUUUAACUGCAGACCAAGAUCUUCUUGUAACAAGGGAUUGUCAGAGCUGUACUUCAGAGGUUCCAGAUGAGGGUCUUAUGAAAGUUGAUAGUCAGAUCACUACUUCCCAGGCUGCAACCCAGGAUCUUCUUGUGACAGGGACUAACCAUAUUGUUAUUUCAGAGGCUGCAGAUCAGGAAUGCAGUCUGCAUCAAGAUUGCCGGAGUACUUCUGAUGGGGCAGAUAGCAUUUGGUUGGGAUGGACUCGUGGUCACACACUAGUAACUGAUGCCAAAGAUAAUAUUCUGGAGACUGAGAACCAGAAGAGCAUUUGGCAGGCAGGACCUAAUGGAGCUGAUGAUGAUGAUGAUCAGGAGGUGAGUGAUGGGUCCUUUUCUCCUGAUGAUCUGGGGGAUGUGGCAGGAACACUGGAGCACAUGGCAGAGAUGGAACAUGAAAACCUAGCAGCAGAAGAACUGAAAGAACAGGUUGAACACAUAGCAGAACUGAUGGAUGAACAGGGAAAUAUGUUUGAGCCAUAUGAUGGGGAGAUGGGGUUAGAAGGGUGUAAGGGUGCAGAAGAUUCUUGCAGGUGCAAUUCAAGAGAUUCAGUGAGAAAAGGGACCUGCGUGAAAAGAGUUUAGCUGGAUAAAAAAAAUGACUUUUGAGAACACCUUAAUCAUUUGAGUAGUUAGCCUGCCUUAAGUGAUCCAGAGCCACAAAAUGGUCAACAUGAUUGAAAGAGUCUGGGUAUAUUUGAAAAAAGAUGACAUUGUUGUCUUACAUAUUUUGGGAACAACUUCAUUUAGAAACUAAACAUUGUUUAGUAUAAUGAAGACAAAGACUCGCAUCUUCUUUCCCAAAAAUUUAGCUAUCUUCUUUUUCUUCUUCUUCUUCGUUUUUUUUUUUUGUUUGUUUUGUUUUGUUUUUUCCUCUUAAGCUGAGAAGCUUUGAGUUAGAUUGUGACAAAUUGGUGGCUUAGCAUUACAGUUAUUUCAGUAAGGUUAGAGCUAUAUUUUAGCUUGGUCAUGCAGUUUUCAAUUUUGUAUUCAUGACUGAUGUUAAUAUGUAGACAGUUUGCUGCAUUUUCUUUUGUUGCUGCAUGUUGAUCUGUUGGUACACUGUUGAAUUUCUACCUCUGUUGUUGAGCCUCUCAUGCUCAUACCAAAAGAUUACUGAUUGGCAACAUGUUAUGAUCUGGAAAAAGGUGUUCAAUUAAUUACACACUUUCUUAAAUUUUAUUUUCAUGGUAAAAGUUACCGUAUUCUGUCACAACCUGUAAUGGGGUGAAAAAAGUUUGCCUUUGGAAGUGUUGGGUCUCACCUCCAUAAUGUGGUGCCAAUUUCUGUGGCUGUUAGAUGUGUAAAUAAGUACAAAUAUUAACAAAUGCCAUUAACCAUUUUAAGAACUGUAAAAAGAGGAAGAUACAAGUAAAAAUAAUUGCAGCUUUUCCUUUUCAUUCUGCAACAAACCAAAUAACAUUUUUUCUUUCCUUUGGCAUAUGACAAAGAUUUCAUUAUGUUGUUUGUUUGAAUUCUAUGUUGGGUGUAGUUAUUAGAAAGGAAACUGCGCUGUGUAAAUCGAGCAAACUGGGGUAUCAUGUGCUUCAGUUUAUUUAAAGUGCUUUACGAUGGGGAAGUGGAUGUGGCAUUUCUUUAUUAAUAAUUGUGUUUUUUAAUGAUGCAUGCAGUAUUUUAGUUCAUAGUAUUUUUUUCUGAUGAGAUAUGAAGAUAAAAAUUUUCAGAUUAUUUUUUGAAAACAAAGGGAACUUGUUGUUUCAAGACUUUUUUUCAUUAAAAUUACAAUCAAAAUGGC